AUGGUAUGCGCGACCGGUGUGGGCAUGUCCCCUGCUGCCUCGCGGCAACUUGCUCUGCAGGUUAUCCCGGUGAAUCACUCCUUCAGCAGCUAUAAGUAGGACAGCUCUCCUCAUGGUUAUGUUUUCCUUCUCGCACUUUCUGAAUAACAGCCACCAUGAGUAAGUCUAGCUCCCUGAAAGUAAAGAACUUAUUCAAAAGCAAAUCACCUGAUAAAGAAAGCAAGGAGCGGAAAAGGUCCGAUGUAGCAGCGUCCAGCCCCCGGGACAGGUCGGACACUCUGCCGGCAAACCUCGGUCCCUUAAGCCCGGGAGACAGCGUCACUCUGCCCGGGGAUGUUUUACCCAUUUUCCCGAAAGAAAAGAAGCCAAAGAGGAUGUUGUCGUUUAAGAUUAAACGAAAGAAAUCCAAGCAGAAAGAAGAAGCAGGAGGAGAUGUGUUCUUCACUGAUGAACUGGACAGCUUCCAAAGCAACAAGAGCUUCGACCAGAUGAGUGUUUGCACAGAGUCGGACUGGGACCCCGAGUCCUCCUCCAUGAUCAGCUUUGACAUGAACCAGCCACACCACCCUUCCUCACCCUCCAAAUUCUCCAAGGGUUCGGAGGAGAAGAGGGGAAUGAUGGAUCGCCUCUCCCACUUCUUCAACAAGAGAAAGAGGAGCACUAGGCAUCGCUCAGACGCCUCCAGCGAUGGAACCACCCCAACAUCCCCCCUGUCUCCAUGUUCACCCCUGCCCCCAGAGGAAGAUGGGCUGAAGACGCCAACUCCAUCUCGAAAAGACAUUGAGGGAGCAGAGUAUGGCGACACACUCAGCCACAGUUCGAGUCCCAGCGGCACCAGCAUCAUCUCUCUGUUGACAGGGGAUGCAGACCUCCCGUUUGCAGACAGUAACAGCAGUGGCAGUGGCAGUGUGAGGGAGGUUCAUAUGUGCAGGGUCAGCACAGCCAGCAGGGAGAGGAAGUCUGGGAAUGUGACUCCAACCACUCUGGAUCUCGCUACCACAACUCAACCAAGUGCUGAGUCAGACUUAGGCUUAGCAGAGUCGGUGGUGGAGGAAGUAAGCAGGAGGCUGAGCAGUUUGGAUGGAAAUACUGUGAAAAAUACAGAGAAUAAGAGCUCCACAUUUAAAAUCUCCCUUUACAAUGUAGCUGAGAACCCAAAGUCACCAAACUUAACCUCUAUAAGCUUGGGAACAAAUAAAACAUCAGUGAAAAUUGGAGAGAAGGGGCACAGCACCGCCUUGAGAGGGUUAACUUUAGGCUCUCGUUCGUCUACCUCGCGCCCCGCCACGACCCAAAAGGAGGGCGGAGACUCUCCGUUCUUAGCGAGGGAAGACAAGAGGAGGGGUCAGGUAUUCUCUUGGGACACUAAAGCCUCAGAUUGGAGCCCAUCACCUGAAAAAGAGAAAGUGCCUGAAGGGGGUUCUCCUGUCUUCUACAAAGCAUUAUGGGUGGAAACACACCUGGGACCAGAGGAGGACGUGGGGAGGGAGGGGGAGAAAGAGAAGGAUAUAAUGAAACAAGAGGAGGAAGGCUUCAGAGCUGAUUCUCCUCCCGUGCUGGCUAUACCUGUCACAGUCAUUCCUGAGGACGACUCUCUCCCCCAGAGCGUGGCAGACUGCCCCUCCAGCCCCUCUGAGACUCUGCCGUCCGGUGGAAGCCUGCCAGAAUCAGACCUCUCCUUGGCACCGACUACAGGGGAGUUUCAAACAACAGUACCACAGCCGGAGGAGCCUGGCACUGGCACAGGCUCAAAGCAAAGUUCACUUCAGGACAAACGAAGGGUGAGAGAACACCGCGUUUCGCGCAAGUCUGUGAAUCUGCCUUCCAAGCACAAAGUGUUUGCCCACAAGGUGCGUGUCAGCCCCGAGACAAGUUUGGAUGGGGACGAAGCAGCGGAAGAGGAGCUCAGCAGAGAUUCAACUACAAAGACUUCAGACGCAACACAAGUGAAACUACUGCCAAGCCUCCAGGACAACAACAAUGUGGAACUUAAGGAUGCAAACCUUGAGCCAUUUCCAAUAACAGACGUCACAACACACUCUGAAACAAACACUCCUGAACCCUUAGUUAUAGAAAAAACAGAGUCUGAGGCCUCAGAUUUUGAUGAUAUCUCUGCAAACUCAGACAUGUUCAGAGAAAAGUCACAAGCACCUGGGUCUGGGUUAAAAGGCCAAGGAACUGCUCAGGCUCAGCCCUCUAAACGAGGGGUUAAAGCAGCAGCAGAAAGUCGGCAUACCACAGCAAGUGGAGCAAAGGCCCCGUCAUCAACAGCUGGCAGCAAGGACAAACUUGUGACAACAAAGGCUAAAGCCUGCACAGAGAGCACAGAAGUGGGAACUUCCAGUGAUAUUCCAGCACAGAGGGAACCUAGCAAUGAUAAAACAGCUUCUAUGUUACCAACAUUAAAAGACCAAAUCACCAGUGGUCCCUUAAGUCCAACUGCUACAAAGUCUAAAAUCCCCAAAAGGUUAGGAUCGGAUGCUGAUGUGAAAUCACCAGUGACACCGGAUAAAAUGCCGGUGGCUGAUGCUUCCGGGUCAGUGUUCACUGAGGCCUUGAAAUCUCCGGUGAGUCCAACCAGAGCUGUCAGGAAAAAAAGUUUUGAAGAAGCCAAGGGAGGCCGAGCUCUGUCAGGGAACAUUUCUCCAACAAAAACAACAAACAAGACAGGAACAAAGCUUAUUAAAGAAAAUCCAAAUGAGGUCAGUGACUCUAUAAAGCUGGUAAAUGGCCUGGAGAAUGACCACGAGGAGAGUAUUGUUAAAGCAGGACACCAAACGGACAGGGAGAGUAAUGCCUCCUCGGCAUUAAAGAGCCGAUUACCCAUUUCAUCUCCUACAAGAAAGAAGAAUGUUGAUACAAGUGGCACCAACUUCAAAAGAAUGACACAUGAUCAGACCGAUUCAGACAUAUCCAAGACAGAACAGAAGCCAAAGCAGCAAGAAGUAAUUCCUGAUGAGAGGCCUGGUAGUGCAUCACCACCUCCACUGCCUGAAAGUCCCAAGAAAGGAGGUAUGCUGUCACCAAGAUCAUCCAAUCGCCCCACUAAAAGAAGCAUCAACCAAGAAGACAGUGACACACGCAGCACUAGUAUCUCUCCACCUCCCACCAAGCAAGAGAAACCCUUCUCUUCAAGGCUCUCCAAACCCAGCGACUUCAAAUGCCAAAAAAGUCCAGUCCCAUCGCCUGUAAGCAAGCUUCCUACAAGAGGUGAGAGAAGCCCCAACAAAGUAAGAUCCAGAAAACCUUCACCAACUGAGAAUUCUGUGAGCACAUCCACGUCCAAACAGGAGGACUCAAAUCAGAACAAAGCGCCUGAGAGUGUCAAAGCAGAUCAAGUGAAAGACAAUUCCAUUGGUGACAUAUUUGUAUUCGAUUCUCUAUCAAAAGAAGGAAAAGAGCAUGCAAUAAAACUCACAGACAGUAUAGGUGAAAACAAAACAAAAGGAAAUCGGUCAAAAGAUUUAGAGGAGAGCAUAACCAGUCCUGCAACAGAGAAUAUUUCAAACAUCCAACAAAUACAAAACAAUGAUGCAAUUGUUCCGGAAAAGGCUCAAAUAAUAGUUACACCACUAAAAGGCUCAGGGGCUGAGGUGUUGCCAAGCAGUGAUGCUGCCAAGGCAAGCCCAUCUCAGACGCCUAUUUCUGAUGUAGUUACUGGUGCAAAACUCGAUUUGCAACCCACUACAGCUCACAUUCAAAGUGAAAACACCAAGCAGGAACAGGAAACAGCACCAAAGAUUUGUCCAGAAGAAGUGAAAGAGAAAGACAAUUCAGAGGCAACGCAGCUAAUAGGUAACAGAAAACCAGAUUCAAUCAAAGAUAGCGGCCUUCCAGAGCCGAACUCUGGUGUGUUGGCGAAGGACACAAUAUCCGCCUAUGAGGAUGUAAGUGAUAUGUCAGCAAAACCUGUUGUGGUUGCCAGCACUCACUGUGACAUAAUGGCCCGUUCUGAUCUGGAUCAUGUUUUACUAGGAAGUGUUUCCUUUAAAGAAACAAAUAAGGUCCCUUCUAAGGAAUAUAAUGGCAGAAAUAGCCUUUCCGCUAAAGACCAAGAUGCUGAACCCAAAGCUGUAUUAGCAAGCACUUCCAUUGAUACUGGUGUUGACCUGGCCAGAACAGAGCAGCAAGAUGAGUUAUUGAAGGAUCAAAUUCUUAAAAAUGAUAGAUUUCCCACAUCGAGCAGAGAUUUAUCAAAUGAUUUUAAAGAGAAACGUAUGGAGGAGGUUGGCAAGAAACCAGCAGAGGGUUUGGACAUUCAAACAGAGGCUGUGACUGUUUGUGAAUUGCAAAAGAAUGUUGAAAAUCCGAUGGACAAAGAGCUUCUUUUGCUGCCAGGAGAAUGUGAAAGAGAUGAGAAAGACUCAAAACCAAAUAAAAAGCUAAAUGAUACUGUGGUGGAAAGCUCUGACUCACAGAGCAGUUGCAAAAAGGAGCUGAAGCGCAUAACUGUUGAGGAUGAAGAAAGAAAAGACCUUACAAAACCACAGAAGCCAACAGAUCUUUCAUCUGGAAAUAAAUGUUCACAGCCUGACUCAGAGGACGGAAUACAGACUGUAGUUACAGAUGCCCUGGAAGAGAAGAAGUCUGAGCAAGCAAAAAGUGCACUCCAGGACAAUACAGCCGGUUUGGUUGAUACAAAGAAGCAAUGUGAGAUCCUCUUAAAGGAAAUUGAAGAGAGUGGUGAUCAGGAAAAUUAUCAGCACAUGAACACUCAAACUUUGGAAAAUGAACAGGAACCAAAAGUCAUUCUUACCAAAGAUAAGAAGAUCGGGGAUAAGGAGGCAAAACAGGGGGAAAAACAAGCUGACGUUGCUAAGAAAAUAAGCACAACAACUACUAAGAGUAAAACAAAGGAAGUGUCAAUGCAGAAUUUACCAAAUGAGAAUUCUGAAGUUAGGAAACAAAAGGAACAGAAGACGUUAAAAGCUGGAAAUCAAGAUGGGGAUAAAGCAGAGGAGAAUGCUAAUGGGUCAGCAAAAUCCAAUGUUUCAAAUGCUAACCUAGAACAGCAACCUGUAACAGAAACAGUUCCAAAGAAAACAACAAAAAGCCAUUUUUCACAAACAACUCAAGAACUAAAAGCAGUAAACAGUGAAACCCAGAGUGCUCAAGGUACUACAGACAAGACUGAAACUAAAGAUUCACCAAUCAAAAGUUUGGUGAAUGAGACUCCAAUUGUAAAUGCUGAAGUAAGCAAACAGAAAGACCAGAUGUCCACACUUGUGAGAGAGCAAGAUGAAGACAUUACAAGACCAGAGAAAAACCAAUUCAUAAAAUCCAAACAUCCAAAAUCUAACCAGCAACAGCAACCACGGACAGACAAAACUCAAGUUCAAAGUAAACAGAUUUCACAAAGUGAUACAACUCAAGAACUCCGACCUAUGUGCAAUGAAGAUUGUACAAAAACUGACCUGAAACAGGAAGCAGAAGCGGUACAAUCAGAAGCUACAGAGAAGAAAUCAGAAAGCCGAAUUAAAGAUCUAAAGGUUGUAGGCACUGAAACUCAAAGUGCAUCUGGUAUCAAAGGAAAGACAGAAACAAAAGAUUCAUCUGUCAAGAGUGUCGGAGGUAAGGUAGCAAAGACAUUAGAAACUCCAAAGGUAUUAGAAAGCAACAGUCAAGAACCAAAGGUUGCAACCACCAAAACUCAAAGUGUUGAGGGAGCUAAAAAAAAGACGGAAACAAAGGAUUCAUCAACAAAGGAUCAGAAGACUGUAAUUGCUAAAGAUCAACAUGAGGACAUAACCAAUCCAGAUAGCAGCAAAUUAAAAGAAUCCAAACCUCCAAAUGCUGACCUGAAACAUGAGGUGGUAAAAACGGGAGCACCAGAGAAGAAAUCAGAAAUCCAAAUGAAAGAAUUAAAGAUAGUAAGCAACAAACCCCAAAGUGCUGGUGGAGCUAAAGAGAAUACUGAAACAACAGGGACAUCAGUAGAGCGUUUGCUGAAUGAGACGGUGAAUUUGGAAGUUAACCAUGAAGUUAGCAACCAACAGGAUCAGAAGUCUGUAAUUGUUGAAGAUCAACAUCAGAACAUUACCAAAGCAGAUACAAGAAAACGCCCAAAGGCUGACCUGAAAAAAAAAACACAAGAGAAGAAAUCAGAAGGCCAAAUUCAAGAACUAAAGGAUGAAUGCACUAAAACUCAGAGGGUAGAAGGAACUAAAGAAAAGACUGAAACAAAGGAUUUACCAAUGACAAGUUUGGUGAAUGUGAUUGUUAUUGAGAAUGCUAACUUUGAAGAUAGCACAGAAAAGGAGCAGAAGCCCUCAGUUGUCAGAGAUGAGCCUUUAAGGAUUAAUAAACCAGAGAAUGUCACUGGUCAAUCCACAGAUUUUAAAGCAGCCAACAAGAAUGAUGAGAAACAAAAGAAAAUUAAAGAAAGGAAAGAAGGCUUUGAAAUAUCAAAUAAAGUGACAAAGCAGGAAAAUCAGCAGAAGAAGGCAUCAAAGUUAGAUGCUCACCAAGAGUCAGAAAGCAUUUCUGUGAAAGAUGCAUCUAGCAAAAUAAGUGGUGCAGAACAAAAGGACAAGCCCACUGUUGUUCCAGAGGCGGGACGUCAUAGCACUGAUGCUCAGAAGAAAGAUGAAGACACCAAAGAAAAAACUAAAACAGGCAGUGGUUUCAAACGGGAACAGCAGAAUUUAGAAAAAGAGAAAACCAGAAACCUCAAUGAUCCAAAAAACCCUACAAGCCCAUCACUCAAUGGCAGUUUGUCUCUUUCUGCAGCAGCGGAAGCACCCGCAACAUCUCAAAGUCCUCAGCUAAAGAAGGAAUCUCCAUCUAGUUGGUUAGAUUUAGAGCAUCCGAAGCAGAAGAAGGCGCAUAAAAGAAGACUAAAGGCCUCUGCAAGUGAGGAUGAAUCUCUUGAUCCUGAUGACUAUGAUGAGUUAAUCAGGAGCAUUAAGGAGGGCAGCAUUCCUUUCUCAGUGCCUCCCAAGAGGCAUAUUCCUAAAAGGUCCCUGUCUCCACCUCUUACUUUGUCACCUAUCAUUGAGGACCAUUUUGAACCAUUUGAUCGAGAGCAAUUCCAGUUCGGCUUAGGGAAAAAUGGCGCAAGUUUUAAGGACCCUCCCCUAUUAUCUAUGGUGAUGAAACAGAAAGCAGCUAGUAGGGAAGGGCGGUUUCUGGAACGAGAACAGGAUAAUGCCAAUCGCACAUCUCGAGGCCAAAUGAAUUCACUUGAUGAGGUGGAAGGCAAAGAUGGAGUCAAAGAGGGGGAUAAUACUGAAAAUGGACAAGAAGAGGGAAAUAACAAUGGACAAGAGGCAGGGAAGCUGACGUCACGACUUGGGAGGAUGUCCAUCCUCUCCAGCUUAAUGAAUUCCCCUCGGCCCUCCAGGAAAGCCAAAGAGGAAGUUGCCUCUGACACAAAUAGCACGCUUUCCACUCCACAACGGGACCUGCUCUCGCUUGGAAAGAAAGGAGUGUUUGAUUCACCUCUGCCUGCAAAUAAGAAGGGUGUGAAAGGUAAAGACCAAGGCCCACUUGUGGGUGGUGGUAUAGGUGCAGUUAGUGAGUCAGCAGUCAACCCCUCCUCUCCUCCUCCUCCUGCUCUCCCGUCGUUCUCAGAGUUAAAGCAGCCUGUUCAUUUAGAGAAGUACCUCAAGAAGAACAAAUCAGAGUCUGAGGCCUCCAGCGGCUCUACACAUAUGACUAAAACUGAACUAGGUCCUAAGGGUGCGACAAUGGACCAGACCCCAAUAGAAGUACCAAAUGUCGAAGAGAGCCUGAAGGGCCCCGCAGCACUGCCUCCAACCAGCGAGAACAGCCAGCAGACUUCCCUGAAUGGACUAACUAAACCUAAGCCUAAGACACCUGCAGUAAGAGGGUUCCACAAAAGGCCUGGAAAGAUUGUCGUACAUGAGCAAGACCAAUUUGGAGGGCAGCAGUUUGAACUGUACUGUGAUGUAGAGGAUGCCACCACGAUGAAGCUGUCCCCUGUCAUCUCAGUCAGAGUCAUCAGAGGAUGCUGGCUGCUCUAUGAGAAACCUGGCUUCCAGGGUCGUAUCAUCGCCCUGGAGGAAGGUCCUACGGAGCACUUAGUGAAUAUGUGGGCAGAGGAAGGGACCCCGACCACACCAGAUGCAAUGGGUCAGCCUGUACCAACAGCACCUAUGGUCAUAGGCUCUAUUCGACUGGCAGUUAGAGAUUAUAGCAUUCCCCAUAUUGACCUGUAUCCUGAGGUCAAUGGGAUGGGGAGGAUGACCUCUUACUAUGACGAGACUGUGGAGAUUGGCUCGUACAGUAUGCCGCAGACCACUGGCUCCAUUAAGGUUCAUUCUGGAGUCUGGUUGGUGUACACUGAUCCAGGGUUUGGAGGGUUUGUGGGAGUGCUGGAGGUGGGGGAGUAUCCCUGCCCAGAGGCCUGGGGCUUCCCUCAGCCCUUCAUCGGCUCGCUCAGGCCCCUCCGCAUGGGAGCGAUAAAGGUGGAGCAUCCUCAUGAAAGAAAGGCCUUAGUGUUUGAGAAGCCCAACUUUGACGGAGAGUGCAUAGAGGUUGAGGGUGAUGUGUACAACUUGCAAGAAGAACUGGAAGAGGAGAAAACGGGCAAAGAAGGCGAGGAAAAGAAGACCCUGUCUGCAGUGGGUUCUAUAAAGAUACUUGGUGGUUUCUGGGUGGGUUAUCUAGAGGCGGACUUUGAGGGGCAGCAGUACAUCCUGGAGGAGGGGGAGUAUCCUCACUGCAGUGACUGGGGGGGGUCUGAGGAUGGGCUCCUGUCACUUCGGCCUGUGUGCACAGAUUACCUCUCCCCUCACGUUAAACUGUUCAUGGACCGGCACUUUGAUGCACGAGGGCUCAAUGUGGACUUGCUCGGACCUGUCCCAAACAUGCAGGACGUCGCCCAUGGUUGCAAAACACAGUCUGCCAACGUCAUGGGUGGAGUGUGGGUGUGCUUUGAGCAGCCCGGCUUCAGUGGAGAGCUCUACGUCCUGGAGAGGGGCCUCUACGCAGGCCCUGAGGACUGGGGGGCCCAGAACCCCAAGAUCUCCUCCGUCCAGCCGGUCUUCCAUGACCCACUGAUGGGAACGACUAAAUUCAAGAUGCAGCUGUUUUCUGAGGCAGACUUCCAGGGCAGGCUGGUGUCUCUGGAGGACAGCACAGCGGCUCUGGAGGAGGACUUCACCCCCCGGUCCUGUAGGGUGCUGGCUGGGAGCUGGGUGUUAUAUGAAGGGGCUCAGUUCACAGAGAACAUGUAUGUGUUGGAGGAGGGAGAAUACCCCAACGCAGAGGCCAUGGGCUUCCUGUCCUCAGACUGCACCGUCCGCUCCAUACAGACCACGGGGCAUGAGUUUUCUCUGCCCUCCAUCGUGCUGUUCAGUAAGGUGGGCUGCAGGGGUCGCAGGGUGGUCCUGAGUCAUGAAGCUGUGAACCUGCAGCAGGCCGGCCUGGACACACGCACACGCUCCCUGGUGGUGGAGGGAGGAAUGUGGGUGUUGUAUGAAGGCAGUAACUUCCGGGGUCGACAGCUUCUUCUGCAGCCGAGUGAGGUGCUGGAUUUAUGGAAGUCCAGAGGCAUGCAGCAAAUAGGAUCCCUGCGGCCAUUAGUCCAGAAGCAGAUGUACUUCCGUCUGAGGAACAGGGAGACAGGAAGUGUGCUGUCUCUGACGGGGACUCUGGACGACAUCAAGCUGAUGAGGGUUCAGGUUGUGGAGGAGACGGGGGGGCUGGAGCAGGUCUGGCUCUAUCGGGGCGGGCAGAUGAGUUGCAAGCUGGUGGAGGACUGUUUCCUGGAGACCUCAGGCAGUAUUGUGAUGGAGGGCAGCAGGCUGUGUGUCACCCCGGUGCGAGGCAACGGCAACCACCUGUGGAACAUCAGCCCUGAUGGUCUAGUGCACUGCGUCCUGAAACCUCAGCUGGUGUUGGAGGUCAAAGGUGGACAUCAGUAUGACAAGAACCUGGUGGUCCUGAACAUAUGUGACGAAAGAGAACUGAACCAAAGGUGGACCUUGGACAUCCUGUGAUCUGAUGAGCAGCUCCGUCGUGGGGCCCACUCCACAGAGAGGGAGCAUCGGAUCAAUCGUUGCACCUUUGUGUGGAGUUCUGACUGUUGAGGGGAACCAUUGACUGGAUCAACAAUAUAACUAUGUUCUUAGAGUAGAUUGAAUGAUUGAGUUGUGUACAAAUAUUACAUAUUUCUUUGCCACUAUAGACCAAAGACUCCAUGCACACAUCUCUAUGUUUUUACUGCUUAUAGAGAGGACUCAGCCCUGGUUCAAUGCUGCACACCUCUCUUUACUUUAUGGUACAUUUCUACUGGUUCCUUUGUCUUAUUUCUGAUCAUAAUGUCUGCAUAUGUGAAUGUAUAGUGUAUAUUGAGAGCUGCAUUAUGAAGUCUGACGUGCACACUACACUCCAAAGAUGUAUUCUUUUUUUUAUCAAUUUAGAUUAAAAAAUAUCUAUUGUAGAGUUUGGAUAUCUUGUUAGGACUUUUCACAAGCUGUACCCUACUGCAUAAAGUUGUACAUAAGCAUCAAGUGUAUAUAUUUGAGAUGAAAUUUCAUAGCAGAACUGCAACAACUAUGCUGCCCACUGCUGUAAAUAUGUGAAUGUAUGAGAGAAAGCUGUCGCACAAAAAAAUAAGAAUGCCUUUUUCUUUCUUUUGUCUUUUUUUAGAAAAUAAAAGAUUUUAAUAACU